AUGGCGGUGGCACGGAAAAUCAAAACUUUGUUGACGGUGAACAUCUUGGUCUUCGUGGGCAUCAUCCUCUUCUCCGUCUACUGCAGGAUCCAGGAUCGCUCCCAGGAGCUGGUGCAGAUCGUCCGGAGCGCGGAGCGCCGGGCCAGGAGUCGCGGGGCCAAGGUGGGCAGCCUGGCGGACAGGGAGGCCAUCCUGCAGCGCCUGGACCACCUGGAGGAGGUGGUCUACAACCAGCUCAAUGGUCUCGCAAAGCCCAUGGGAUUAGUUGAAGGUCCAGGAGGCUUGGGCCAAGGAGGAAUGGCUGCUACCCUGAGAGAUGAUAGCCAUGAAUCAGAGACUAAAUAUGAAGAAUAUGGCUACAACGCCCAACUCAGUGACAGGAUAUCUCUGGACAGAUCCAUCCCUGACUACAGACCAAAAAAGUGCAAGCAGAUGACCUACCCAGAUGACCUGCCCCAGAUCUCCGUGGUCUUUAUCUUUGUCAACGAGGCACUGUCUGUCAUCCUGCGCUCCGUGCACAGCGUUGUGAAUCACACCCCCUCGCACUUGCUUAAGGAGAUCAUUCUGGUGGAUGACAACAGUGACAAUGUUGAGCUCAAAUUUAAUCUGGACCAGUAUGUCAACAAAAGAUACCCAGGUCUGGUGAAAAUAGUGCGCAAUAACAAGCGAGAAGGACUGAUUCGAGCCAGAAUCCAAGGCUGGAAAGCUGCAACCUCUCCUGUCGUCGGGUUCUUUGAUGCUCAUGUCGAAUUCAACAUUGGCUGGGUGGAACCUGCACUUACCCGGAUCAAAGAAGAUCGGAAGCGGAUCAUCUUACCAGCGAUUGACAACAUCAAGUACAACACUUUUGAAGUGCAGCAAUAUGCCAACGCAGCCCACGGCUAUAACUGGGGCCUCUGGUGCAUGUACAUAAUCCCGCCGCAGGACUGGCUCGAUAAAGGCGAUGAGUCAGCUCCCAUCAGGACACCAGCCAUGAUUGGGUGCUCGUUUGUAGUAGACCGAGAGUAUUUUGGUGAGAUUGGCCUACUUGACCCUGGUAUGGAGGUCUACGGAGGAGAAAACAUCGAAUUAGGCAUGAGGGUCUGGCAAUGCGGAGGAAGCAUGGAGGUGUUACCCUGUUCUCGUGUGGCACACAUCGAACGCACAAAGAAACCCUACAACAACGACAUCGAUUACUAUGCAAAGCGCAAUGCCCUGCGGGCUGCUGAGGUCUGGAUGGAUGACUUCAAGUCUCACGUUUACAUGGCGUGGAACAUCCCCAUGGCAAACCCAGGAGUUGAUUUUGGAGAUGUUUCUGAAAGAAUAGCUCUACGACAGAGACUGCAGUGCCGGAGUUUUAAGUGGUACUUGGAGAACGUAUAUCCUGAAAUGAGGGUUUAUAAUAAUACAGUCACUUAUGGAGAGGUGCGUAACAGCAAAGCUAGUGGCUACUGCUUAGAUCAGGGAGCUGAAGAGGAUGACAAAGCAAUCCUUUAUCCAUGCCACGGAAUGUCCUCUCAGCUGGUCCGCUACAGCUCGGAAGGCGUCCUGCAGCUGGGGCCGCUGGGCUCCACGGCCUUUCUGCCUGACUCCAAAUGCCUCGUUGACGACGGGAAGGGCAGGACGCCAACCCUGAAGAAGUGCGAAGACGUCCUGAGGCCAGCACAGAGGUUCUGGGAUUUCACACAGAAUGGUCCAAUCAUCAGCAGAGACACUGGCCGUUGUCUAGAAGUGGAAAUGUCAAAGGAUGCAAAUUUUGGGCUCAGAUUAGUCGUGCAAAGGUGCUCGGGGCAAAAAUGGAUGAUUAGAAACUGGAUAAAACACGGCCGACAUUGA